AAUACACAGCGGUGAAAAAGCUGAACCGAGGAAGAAGCUGGAAAGAACUAGGAAUUUGUUUUUAACUGAAGGUGCUGAUUUUGUGUCAUAUUUAUCAUCCGUUCUUCAUCAGUUGCGACGUACCCAUAUUGUGCACAAAUGGCCUCUCUAUGUGGCAACAAUUUUAUGAAAAAGAUGCGUCAUGGAUGCUUUGCAGGGUCAGCAAUGUAUAGCCCCGAUGUAUACAUAAUGACAAAGAAACACUCGCGAAGACCGAAGAUGAAGAAGGGUGAUAAUUCGUAUGGUUUCCAUCAAAACUGGGCUAUGGAUAAUGAAGCUAUGGAGAAUGAUAGUUUUUAUGUUUAUGAUGGAGAUAAAAAGCCAAAAAAGCUUAACUUGGUUGAAAGCGUGGUGAUUGAGGAAGAUUGCUCAUGGUUCACUCCUAAAAGCUACCAAUCUCUUGCUAAACCAACCCAGAAUGACACUGCCAAAUCAAUCAACAAAUGGAAGACACCUAAAUCAAUUGGAACGGUUGAGUCUAAGUGUAUGACAGCCAAGCAAUCAAGUUCUUUAAAAAAAGAGAUAAGUGGAAAGCAGUCCACAGAUACCAAUCCAUUCUGUACACCUCGACCACCAUUAAAGGAUAUGAAAAACAGAAAGCAGAACUCUGGGAUGAAGUCACCAUUCAAUGAUUUGGAAAAAAGAAAGCAGCUGCCAUGUACAAGCUCAGAAACAAAGGUAGAUCAAGUGAGGGUCAGUUUAACAAACAAGAAUCCAAAUGCAGUCACUUCCAAGGAAGUUGGUGACAACAAGAUAAGUACUCCAUUCCGAAAACCUCAAAAUUCAAAUCCACAGCAUAUUUCAAAUAAUAUUCAUAAAGAAAAAAAAAAUGUACAGUUACCUGUAACACCUGAUCAUGAUGACAACAGCAGAACAACUAAGCAAGACCAAAAUAAAUUUACCAAGGGUAUGCAAGAUGAAAAUUGUGAUCCAGUUGAGCCUUCAUUCAUUGGAAUCAUUAACGGCCCUAAGCCCCAUGUGGUUCUCUCAGAGACUGUAAAAAAGAAUAAUGUAAAAGGCAGACGAAUGUUUUGUGAGAAACUCACAGAGAAGGCAACCUUGUUUGUGUCAGAAACACUUCCUGAUGUCGAAGAUCAACAGAUGAGCAUAGAUGAGUUGGAAACGACUAAGUUGAUGCAGGAGCAUGCUCUCAAAGAACCAAUCUUGCCAAGCUGUGAUGAGAGUGUUGCCAUUAGUUCACAUCUAAAAUUGACAAUGUCUGUAGCAACUGAUGCCAGUACCAUGAACUUAUCUGAAGUGGAGGGCAGCAAGCUUUAUAACUCUAAAGAUACUCAUCAAAUGAAAUCUAGGCCAAACUCAACUGAUAUAAAUUUGGAUGUCUCUUCAAAGAAUGAAACUUCCUUAGGUUCCACAUCAACAGAUUUUACUUCCACAGGUAGAACUUUGACAGAUGUUACUACAACGGGUGUCACUUUGACAGAUGUUACCUCUAUGGGUUCGACUUUAACCGAUGUUACAUCAAUGGCUGUAUCUCCAGCAGAUGCUUCUUUAGCAGGUGGUUCUUUAAAGGUGACACAUCCAUCUGCUUGCAAGAGAAUAUGUCUGCCUUCAUAUGUCAAAGAUGAUAACCAAUCAUGUAAAACGAAGUACCAAUCUCCAACUUUGGCUCAGUUGAAGAUGAGGAAGCAGAGAUCCGUUGCAAAACUUGUCAAGGCAUUUGAAGACUGUAAGAUGACAACAACAAACCUGUUUGAUAAAGUACCAGCCAUGGCAACACUUGCAAGUACACAAAAACAAAUUGAAGAAGAAACAAUUCCAGAUGAUGAUAAACUGAAUAAAGACAUCAAUGGUAUAAUCAUCCAUGAACAGUCUCAGCUAUUAUCUCCCAUUUUAACAUCCCAGGAAGACUUAAAAUGUGAAAGUAAGAAUAUUUGUGAUUAUUCAAUGAAACCAAAAGAACUGGAGAUUGGAAUUGAUAAAAACAUCAAAAAAGUUCAUUGUAUUGAGAAGGGAAUAUAUUCUAGUGAGCAAACUGCAAUUCCUGCAGUAUCAAAGUCAUGCCUAUUUGAUUAUGAUACAAUCUCACAAACUAAACCAGGAGUCAAACAAGGAAAUUCAGAAAGUAUCAGCUUGUUCAGAGAAUCAGUGGGCAAUAAAAAUACAAAGGAAUGCGAGACAGGCAGUAACAACCCUCCAGAAAAGUUAUCAUUAUUGUGGACUGCUUCCAUGCUGGAUGAUUACAGAUCUAAGGAUUUCAGUGUUGGUCAAGGAACUGAGGUAAUCAUUAUGAAUGAAGAUGAUCCAAAGCGGUUGUAUGUUCAAAUUGCAACCGCAGUGAAUGGCAAAGUCAAAUUAAAGCAAAAGACAGCAGGAUAUGUGCCAAGGGCAUUGGUUCUUCCAAGAUUUGCAUCCCCAGCAACAAGAAGCACCUAUCGUUCUCUUGAUUCAAGGAAAAAGUCAAAAAAUGUGUGUGGCCAUGGCGUGCAAAUGUUAAGUCAAAAACUGCCAUUUGAUGCAAUAGAUACGUUACAAACACCACCAAAAAUCAAAACGUCAAGACAUCUGAUGAAACAAAGAGCUCACGAUGAUUAUAAACCAAUUCAGCUCUCCCAGAACCUUCCAACAGUUUCUCUUCUUAUUGAAUCUUAUAUAGUGCUCGAAGACCAUCAACCAAUUGAGAAAGACGAAGUUGAAGUAUUGGCAGGCGAAGUGAUUGUCGUGCAUGCCGGACAGCAACGAGAGCUUGAUUGGAUGUGGGUUUACGUGCCAAGAGCUGAGAAAUUUGGCUAUAUUCCAGCAUUUUGUGCUACACCAAUGGCACUAGACUCCCAAAAAUCAUACUAAAUAAACACUAUACAGUAAUUACUAAAACUUCAUCAGGUGUCUAUAUACUUUGAUAGGAUACCUCUCUACAAAUCUGAUACCCUUUCCAAACUUUCAGUACCAUUUAUGGAUUGGCAUGCAGCAAGUAUAUAAAGCACUCUUUUCUUACUACCAUUAAAAUGUUAUAAGCCAGCCUCUGGAGGAAAAAACACCCCCACCCCACCCCCCAUUUUAAAUUAUCAAAAAUCUGUAUCUCAAUAGUUACCAGGUUUUUCAUGAAACCUUUUGUCGUAGAAAAAUCAGUUGUACAUCAUGUCAAAACAAUGUUAUUCUCCACAGCCUGGCUUUAUGUACAAGCUAGUUCAGCUAUGAUUUUUAUUAAAUUUAUGGUGAGGGAUGCAUUUUGAAGUGUAUGCACGUUUUCUUGUACAAUUAUCAACAUUUUCACAAUUGUACAAACAGUACGCUAGGGGGAGGGCGUAGGCAAAUUAGUACACUUUUACAUGUGCAUAAAAAUGUUGAUUCAAAAUAACAUGCAUUAUUUAAAAUAAUAGAUUUGUAUGCCCAAUUACAUUUUUAAGUAACCAAGUACAGUACUUAAGUUGACUUCACAAAAAAAUGGAGAAUGGUUUUGCAAAAUCAACAUUUUGUAUGUACACUUUCAGAGAGGCGGAAGGGGGUACCGAAAAAGAUUACUUUUUGUACACUUGUUGAUAAUUGUGAAUGACCCCUAUAAGUAGUCUAUAGGUAAUCAAUUUGUAUCUUCAAUUUGGAAAUUAAUACAGUAUAAUUAAUAAAAUAAUUUAUUGAUCUUAGUCAAAUACAUGCCAAUUUGUCAUAAAAAUUACAAAAUUCUAAUUUUGCUGUACAAAAAACAAAAUAUUGACUAUCAUUAGUUGUUGUUGUCAUCACUAUUAUGGGGAGGGGGAAUGCCAAAAGAAAAACUAUUUUUUCUAUCUGUGUUUUUAAUGGGGAGGGGGAAUGCCAAAAGAAAAACUUUUUUUUCUAUCUGUGUUUUUAAUAUUCAAUAAAAAGGUCAUCACAAACUACUGUAUAAAAUAUAGUGUAUAAACAAAAGGCCAGUCACUAUGUCACACAGAAUGCUUCCAAGAUAUCUACAUACGUGUACUUUAUAACAUCGCAAUAGAAAAGCAGUUCUCAAGCUGUGUCAUGACCAAAAACUGGGUGACCAAUAAGAGCAUCACAAAACUCCUUAGGAUUUAAAUUUUAAGUAUUGUACAUACACCAUGUAUAUUUUACUUCAAUAUUGUUCACCUGAAUGACCCAAAUACUGUAUCUGUUUACGUUCUGGGAAGUGGGUCACCGCAAAUUGCCUGGGCGUAUGUUUGGGUACUUCGGCAAAAGUUUGAGGAUGAAAUUGUUGCAUUGAAUAUCUGCACAUCUUUGUUAACCAGUAGUAUUUUACAAAGUCAGAUUGAUACACCACCAAGACAAUGUUAAAAACAAACAGAGUAAGUUAAUAAAUUUUCUUUAUUAUUCUUUGUUGCGUGAUUAAUUAAUGAAUUCUUCAUUAAUAUAUUAUUUGUUGUCUUCAGUAUAAUCAGUAAUUAAGUGUUUGCUAAUAUAAUUAAAGGCUGCAGAAACUAUGCCAGAAACAAAAAAUAUAGCCCUACCUAGUUUGAAGGCACCUCUCAAAUUAUUACGCUUUCUAGUAUGCCAAAAUAUGCACACUUGUGGUUUUUAUUACUGAUUAAAUUACUGUACAAGGAUUUAUACUGUAUUAAGUCCUUGAUUAUCAAUUCCUGCUUUAAGUUUAUUACCCUAGAAAAUCGAAGUAUGAAAGUGCUACCUUAACAUCCUGAAAGCAACUGAUCAGCAGUCAAUGUUAUUGUUAUAUAUCUCAUAAUUACUUUCAUAUUAAAAGCAUAAAUGCUGACAUCAUAGUAAUAAGUUCUACAAUUACCAUUAUGUCAUUAUUAAAUUUUUCUUCUACAAAUAUCUAUUAAGUAUUUGCUGUUAGGAAAAUCACAGCUUUAGUACAGUAUUUACAUUAUAAGUGGUACUAUACCAGACCCACUGCCUUUUUAUUUUUUUUUUUAAUGGUAUUUUAAUUUUUCCAUAUAAGCUACAAGUACUGUCCACCACAGUAUGGAAAUGGUAAGGAGUCUAUUUCAGGGGUCAAAAGUUGGAAGAAAUCAUUUUCAGGAGGUCUGGUUAAUGAGCUUUCUUAUAACACAUAUAAUUUUAUUUUGCUGACAUCCAUCGGCACUGACAAUUGAUAAUAAAACAAUUGAUAAUAAACCAGAGAAAACAUGCAAAUAAUAAGAAUUUGAGGGAGAUGGGUUAUUUUCCAGGAGAUUCUUGCUAGCUUACAUGAGUGCGGGAAGCCGUCCCAAUUUACAGGAGACUCCCGCGCGUUGUGGGAGACUCAGGACCCCUGCUAUUUAAUUUGGUCUUUCAAAAAAAAA